UCUUGUUGGGGGUGCCUUUGAGUGAGUUGUCGCGGUCGAAGAACGCCCGCUAUGAACCUGGAAGCGAACAUGUCCUCGCCGGAGGUGGACAUUGAUGUGAACGUGGUGUCGAGCCCGGAACCGAGCCCACGGCCACCGGACAGUCCGCGCGGCAGCCCGGUGCCCAGCGACGAUGAGCGACGCUCGUCAUCGCGUUCGCCCGACACUAGCACCACUCAACAGCAGCAGCAGCAGCAGCACCACCACUCCGGUAGACACGCCAUGUCCCAGCCAGCGUACGCCGCUCAAUCUCAACCACCGACCCCGUCGGUGGCGCUCCAGUUAAAGCAACACUCGCCUCCAGUGCAACAUCAGCAGUCAAGCCACCUGAGUCCAAAUCCGAUCGGUACCGGUGCUGGCAACGGCCACGGAGUGGGGGUCCUCACGCAGCAUCACUCGGCGAUGGUAGCGGCGGCCGCUGCAGCAGCCGCUCUCCACCAUCAGGCUGCUGCGGCGGCGGCGGCCGCCGCCGCUGCCGCUGCUGCUGCAUCGACCUCCAACAGUCAGCAGCACGGUUGCGGUUCCUAUCAGCCAACGGUGGUGGCGGCGGCGGCGCCGGCGGCAUCAGUGCCAGUAUCGGCGUCAGCAGGCACCACACCGGGGCUCAACAGCGCCAUCAACAACAACAACAACAACAACAACAACAGCAGCAGCAACAGCAACAACAGCUUCAACCACAGCCCGGACUCGCGGCUCAGCCCACCCAAAACGCCACCGGAUGCCCAGCAGAUCCAGCAUCAUCUACAUCAUCAUCACCACCAUCAUCAUCAGCAGCAGCAGCAGCAGCAGCAGCAGCAGCACACUAACCAUCAUCACCCGCCAUCGCAUCAUCAUCAUCCUCACACCAUGCAUAUCAAUCAACAACUACAACAUCAGCCAGCGCCUCACCAGCAACACCAUCAGCAGUCACCGACGGUCGGCAAAACGUCAACCGGGCCGGGCUACACCAGCUUCUCCAUCUCGAGCAUCCUCAGCCGGACCGAGCCGGCGUCGAAGAAGGGCAUCGGGGUGAUCACACCCGUCCCGUCGCUGCCACUGUCGGCUGCGGCUGCUGCCGCUGCCGCCGCCGUCGUCUCGACGAACGGGGCCGCCAGUUUCGGUGCCAACGGUGCAACGCCGAGCUCCCAGGACGCUGCCAUGCUGUCCCGGCUAGGGUUCAUGUCGCAGUGGAAUGCGAUCGCCAACCGGUACGCGGCCCUCUGCCCACCUGGCUGGCCCUGGCCACCGGCCACAUCCCAUCGGAUGCCCUUCCAUAGCCCCAACAACAACAACAACAACAACGAUAACUUGACGAAUGCCAUCGAGAACCAGUCACCAUCGCUGACACCGCCACCCUCGCAGCAGUCCAAGUCCCCGUCACCCCAUCCGGCUUUCCUCGGUGGCCGCGGCGGUGGCGGUGGCAGUGCCGGCGGUGGCUGCCCUGGUGGUGGCAGUGGGGUCGGCGGAAAUGACCGGCACCAUGGCGCUGGUGGACCUCAUCACGGUGGUGGUCCGCACGGUAUCGGUGGCCCCGGUGGUCCCGGUGUCGGUAACGGAGACGACUGCGAAUCGGACGACGACGGGCAGGAGAUUAUCGAGGAGGACGACGAGAGUGAUCGGCCGUCGGAUUCGGCCUCACCCAACUCCAACGGCAGCGCGAUGCAGGCAAAGCGCAAGAAGAAAACGCGGACGGUGUUUUCGCGGGCUCAGGUCUUCCAGCUCGAGUCCACGUUCGACCUGAAACGCUACCUGAGUUCAUCCGAGCGGGCCGGGCUGGCCGCGUCGCUCCGGUUGACCGAGACGCAGGUCAAGAUCUGGUUCCAGAACCGCCGGAACAAAUGGAAGCGCCAGCUGGCGGCCGAACUCGAGGCGGCCAACAUGGCGAACAUGGCGCACGCUGCCCAGCGGUUGGUCCGGGUGCCCGUCCUCUACCACGAGGGUGCAACCGGUGGCUUUGUGCCACCGCCACCGCACCCCCACACGCAGCAGCUCUACUACACUACGUCGGCGGGCCGGGCCGGUUCACCGCCCCGGCCACCCCUGUCCUCGCUGGUGUAA